UCAAUUAAAAAUUUCGAUACAGUUUUAUCAGAUGUUUUUUGGUUGGUUGGCACAGAAAUUGAAACCUUGGGUUCAGAAGAUAACAUCCAAAAACCAUAUUUGAUUACAUUGGUUAAAGAAAGUGUUGAACAAGGAGUAGUACCAGCAAAUAUGUUGAAGGAAAGAUUGGAAAUGGAUAUAUUGGAGGCUUCAGGUAUAAUUAAAAGUCAAAAAAAAUUUUUAAAUAGACUUAUCAGAGUAAAUACAAAGGAUGUUUAUACACAAGUAAAGUUUAAUUUAUUUAAAGAAGAAAGUGAAGGUUUUUCGAAAGUGUUAUCAGAGUUAAACAAAGGUCCAUUAUUAAAUGAACGUACAGUAGACGCAACCAUCCAAAAUAUUAAAGCAUUGAUUGGUUAUUUCAAUUUGGAUCCAAAUAGAGUUUUAGAUAUAGUUUUAGAUAGCUUUGAACAAAAUUUUCAAAAUUCCGAAUGUUUUUUAAAGAUUUUAAAGAAUUUUAAAGUUUCUGCAAUUCCGCAAUUAAUUGGUUUUAAGUACCAAUUUUAUCAACAACAACAACUAUCUCAAAUUCAACAAAUAAAGCAACAAUUAGAGCAGCAAGCUGCUGCUGCUGUUGCCGCUGCUGCCGCCGAUAAAAGUGAAACUACUAUAAAAUCAUCAUCCUCAACCUCAACAUCCAAUACAGUUCAAGAAUCACCUAUUAUACAAACCACAACCAACCCAAAUGAUAUAAUAACACCAAAAUCGCUAUACAACGUCACAGCAUUAUUGUUAAAAGAAAAAAUAUUUAAUUUAGAGUCAAUUUAUCCACAUUUGGCACCAAGCGAUGAAGAGAUUAAAAACCAAUUUCAACAUAGAAGAGAGGAAAUUAUUGCUUCCUCUAGAAAUUCCACCUCAUUGGUAUCAAAUGAUGAUACUCAACAAAGUGCCAAUGCUAGUAAAAAGGAACAAGCAGCAUCACAGGCUGUCGCUGCUGUUGCAGCUGCAAAUGAAUUAGUUCAAGAGAACCAAAAAUUCAAUUUAUUGGUUGCACUAUUAGAGACCCACGAAGUCCAUUGUACAGGCCAACUACUUUAUAAUUUAUCAUCCUCUCAAAUUGAUGUAGCAUCAAAUACACAAGUAUCUCAAGCUUUAAUUUCACGUUUGUCACAAAUUAUCGAACCACUUUAUAAUCCAAUUUCAUUCACUACCUUAAGAGAAUCAUGCACUACAACUGGCUCAAGUACUAUUAUUACCAAUUUCGAUUUACAGGCAUUUAUAGAUUCAUCAGAAAUGAUAUUCUUUUUACUUGGCCACUUAGGAGUUUUCCUAUCUCAAGAUAUCAAAUUAUUUUUAAAAAUUUGCAGAAUUUUUGAAAGGGUCGUAGUUAAAGUUUUACCAUUGGUAGACCAACAACAACCAAACUCGAAAAUAAAUUACGUUCAAUUAAAGAGUGACCUUGAAAGUAUCUUACAGUCCGUUCUUUUACCAACCUUUUCAAUGACACCAGAAAAUCCUUGUGUUGCCAGUGAGAUUUGGGAUAUCUUAAAACACUUCCCAUAUCAAAAGAGAUACCAAAUUUAUUACGAAUGGAAAGAACAAUACAAAAAAGUCCUCUCUUUAAUAUGCACCAAAACAGACGUUAUCAUUGAAACAAAAAAGAUUAUGCGUCGUUUAUCAAAAGAUAAUUACAAACAAUUAGGCAAAUCCAUUGGUAAAAUUAGUCAUGCCCACCCAGCCAUCGUAUUUGAAGUCAUUUUAUCUCAAGUAGAACUUUUUGACUCCCUUGUUAUUCCAUUGGUCGACGGUCUUAGAUAUAUUUCAACAUUAUCUGCGGACGUACUCAGUUUUGUACUUUUAGAAAGACUUUGUAUAAAGAGAGAUAGACUAAAACCGGAUGGUACAAAUAUUGCAUCUUGGUUCCAAGCACUCUCACUUUUUAUUGGUUUAUACUAUAAAAAGUACCCUCUUACCGAAUUGGAAGGUAUUUUACAAUAUACCGUUAAUCAAUUAAAAGAUAACAAUUCUCUCGAUUUAAUUAUUCUUAAAGAGUUGUUAUUAAAAAUGGGUGUCACAGAGAUUGUCGAAGAAGCUCCUGAAGCUCAAAUGGAGGCUCAGGCCGGUGGUGAAAAUUUAAAACAAGAAACUACCACAGUUCAACUACAGGGUGUUAGAAAUUCAAAGAAGUCGAUAAACAAAUUAAAAGAAGCACUUGUUAAUAGUAAACUAGCCUUUCCACUUUUCGUUUUAAUUGCUAAACAAUGCCACAAUAUCAUUCAUGAUUCAAAUGAACAUCAACAUAUCAAACUUAUCAAUAAUCUUUAUGACAAAUGUCAAGAAACUUUACUUCAAUAUACAGAGUUUUUAUCAUCCCAUUCAACACCCGAAAAAUAUUCAGAAUAUUUUAAAGAAGAUUUCAAUAGUCUAGUAAAUACAUAUCAUUUGGAGCCAGAAGCUGCUUUUCAUAUUUAUAGGCCACCAUCUUCAAAAAACAUUACCUCAAUUUGUAAACCAAUUUAUUCCGAUGAUAUUUGGAAAACCAUUAGCCCAGAGUUAUACAGUACUUUUUGGUCCCAUUCAUUAUAUGAUAUUUACGUACCAAAAACAUUAUAUGAAACUGAAAUAACAAAGCUCAAAAAACAAAUUAGUGAAUUAGAAUAUCAAUAUGUACAAAGUGGUAGUAAAGAUGUAAAGAAAAAGAAAGAAAAAGAAAGAGUUCAAACAAAUCUUGAAAAAUUACAAAAAGAAUUCAAUACUCAAAAUCAAAACCAUCAAAAGGUAUUAGAAUCAAUUCAAUCUCAAAAAGAUAAAUUCUUCCAAGAAAGUAAAGAUACAAAUAUAAAGAAAGAAUCAUUAAUUAAAUUCCUUCAAUACUGCGUUUUUCCAAGAGCAACCUUUACCUCAACCGAUGCCAUCUACUGUGCCAAAUUUGUACAAAUAUUACAUACCAUUAAUACACCAAACUUUGGUUUAAUGAACUAUUACAAUGAAUUAGUUAGUAUGAUUACCUUUACAGUUUUUUCAAGUACAGAUAACGAGGCCAAUAGAUUUGGAAGAUUUUUAAGCGAAUCAUUUGGUGUAUUAAAUAAAUGGAAACAAUCAGAAUCUAUUUAUGAUAGAGAAUGUGGCAAAAUUAUCAAAUUAAAUUAUGAAAAUUUCGUCAAAUUUUUCACAAAGUGUCAUAAAUCGAUUAGUGAUUCGUUUGCUCUCUGUUUAAAUUCAGGUGAACAUAUGGUUAUUAGAAAUGGUCUAUUGGUAUUAACUAAAUUGGUACACUAUUUCCCAGCUCAUAAAUCAAACUAUGAAUAUAUCGAGUCAUUGGUAUCACAAUUAAAACAAAGAGAAGAUUUAAAAACCUUAGCAAUCAGAUACAACUCUCUAUUAGAUAAAGAAAAACCAAGAAUGAUUGAUGAUAUCAAACCAAAAAAAACAAAUACAACCACUACAAACACCUCUCAAUCAAACACAAACUCUCCACAAUCCUCAUCCAAAGAUGUUACUAUGAAAGAAUCAAAAGAAACUAGAGACUCCAAAGAUGUUGCUAUGAAAGAAUCAAAAGAAACUAGAGACUCCAAAGAUGUUAUUAUGAAAGAUGAUACAACCAAUAAAUCUGAAAGGGAUAAACAAAGAGAAGAACGUGAUAAAGAAAGAGAUAGCACCAAAUCAUCAAGAGAAAUUGAAAGAGAACAACGUGAAAAGGAAAAAGAUAAGCAACAAAGAGAGGAAAAAGAACAACGUGAAAAAGAAAAGGAACAACGUGAAAAAGAAAAGGAACAACGCGAAAAAGAAAAAGAACAACGUGAAAAAGAAAGAGAUUUAAGAGAUAAGGAACAACGUGAAAAAGAUGUUCGUGAAAAAGAUCGUGAACAAAGAGAAAAAGAGUCCCAACAACGUGAUAAGGAUCGUGAUAGAGAAAGAGAUCAACACAAAGAUCAAAAAGAAAGAGAUAAGCAAAGAGAAGACCGUGAUAAAGAAAAAGAAAGGGACCAACAAAAGGAAAAAGAAAUUCAACGAUUAGAAAGAGAGCGUAAUGAUAGAGACCGUAUCGAAAGAGAUCGUAGUGACAGAGAUUCAUCACAACCUCGUAUUGAAAGAGAUGUCAGUAGAGAUAAUAGAGAUAGAGAAAAUUAUGGAAGUAGAGGUAACAACGAUAAUAAUAGUAAUAACAACAGAGACUAUAAUAGAAAUGAAAAUAGAGGUGAAGGUAGAGAUUAUAAUAGAAAUGAAAAUAGAGGUGACUUCAACAGAGAUAUAAGAGAUAGGAGCAAAGAAAGAGAAAGAGAAAGUACCAGGACCGAAAAUAGAAGUGAUAAUAGAAAUGAUUUUAGAGACAAUAGAAAUGAUAGAAGUGAUAGAAAUGACAGAAAUGAUAGAGGUGAAAGCAAAGAUGGAAGAAAUGAGCUUAGAGAUAGCGGCAGAAAUGAUAGAGGCGAAAGAAAUGAUCUAAGAGAAGGUAGAAAUGAAAGAGAUAGAAGUGAUAAAGACAUUAAAAACGAAAGAAGCGAAAGAAAUGAAAGAAAUGAAAGUAGAGCUGAAAGAGAUAAUAAGAGUGACAAUAAAGAUAAAAAUGAUAGAGAUAUCAAGAAUGAUAGAGAUAUCAAGAAUGAUAGAAAUGAAAGAAGUGAAAGAAAUGAAAGAAACGAUAGAAAUGAAAGAAAUGAUAGAAACGAUAGAGGUGAUAGAAAUGAAAGCAAAGAAAGAAACAAAAAUAAUGAAACACCACAACAAUCACCACCACAAAAAUCACCACCACACAGAUCAAACAAUCGUAAUGAAAACACUUCACCAACCUUAUCAUCCAAUGUAACUUCUCCUGCUAUACCACCACCAUCAGAAGAGGAAAAAUUUAAAAGAGAUAAAAAAAAGAGAGAAGAGAAAUUUGAAUCAUUAAAGAAAAGCAAUAGUAGCAGUAAUAUAAGUGGUGAAAGUCAAUCAUCAACACCACCAUCAACAUCAUCAAAUCAGAUUAGAAGCAGAUCCAAUAGCAAAGAUAGAUCACAACAAUCACCUCCUCAUCAACAACAACAACAAGCUCCACCACGUGAUAAAGAGGAAAAAGACGAAAAUGAAAAAAAUCAAAAAAUCAAAGAAUUGAGAGAAAAAGCGGCUCUUAGUAAAAAAGAUAAUACACCUUCACAACAAAAUGAUAAAUCAAAUAAUAACAAUAAUAAUGAUCAAAAGAAAAGGGAAAGAGAAAAAGAAAUUGAACAAGAAGAGUAUAAAAGAAAGAAAACCCUUAAUCGUAAGCCCAAUCAAUUACAAUCACCACCACUACAACAACAGCAAUAUCAUGGUGGCUAUGGUCACCAACAACACGGUCAUGGCGGUCACCAACAACAUCAUCAAGGCGGCCAUGGAGGUGGAUAUGGUGGUAGAAACGAUAAAGAUAGAAACUAUAAUAACUACAACAAUAGAGGUUAUAAAUAA